AUGAAUGAUAUUGGCACCACUACCUUUCUCGAUAUUAAACAAUAUGGCCCUAAAUCUCAAUCUAGUCAUUUUUCUUCAGAACAUAAACCAGGUUACCAAAUUGAUCUUCCGACCGUUAGCAUGUUACCGGUCAAAGAUAUUUUAAGAAAUCGCAUUUUAUCUCUUGAUAUUGAUAGAUGUGAAUCAGAUGCUGAAAAUGCUUUUUUUGUCGCCAACCUUGACGAAGUAUAUAAUCAACAUUUACGCUGGAAAUCGCUUUUGCCACGAAUUGAACCAUUUUAUGGAACGGGUUUUGAUUGCGCCAGUAAAGUUGAAAUUCAGACGGUUCUUGAUAUUGGUGUUGACCCAUCAAAGAUUAUUUACGCGAAUCCUUGCAAACAAGCGUCAUUUGUGCGUUACGCAGCAGAACAUAAUGUCAAAAUGAUGACAUUUGAUAAUUCGGAUGAACUUUAUAAAAUUAAACGUUAUUUCCCGGAUGCUCAAUUGGUGCUUCGUAUUCUCACUGACGAUUCUAUGUCGCUUUGUAAAUUGGGCCUAAAAUUUGGCGCUUCCUUAGAUUCUACGGGGUCAUUGCUGCAAACGGCUCGAAAAUUGGAUUUAAAUGUGAUUGGUGUAAGUGGAUGUUACGACGAAAAUGCCUUUAUCGAUGCUGUUCAUCGUGCUAAGUUUGUGUUCGAUCAAGCUUCGGAACUAGGAUUUAAUUUUCAUUUACUCGACGUCGGAGGUGGUUUUUCACAUUCCCGCGAUUGUGAUGGCAUUACCUUUGAAAAAAUAGCGGCUAUUCUUGGACCAGAAAUCGAUAGCUUAUUUCCGCCUAACGUUCGUGUCAUUGCCGAACCGGGACGUUAUUAUGCGGCACCUGCCUUCACUAUCGCAACUCAUAUCAUUGCACGAAGAACUGUACUUAGUAAUGGUGAUGUGCAAACCUUGGAUAUGGAUACCGUUUUAAAUGACGAAUCACCAACUCGGGAAGAUCAUUCAGGAUAUAU